UAUGGAUUCGAAUUAGUUCCAACUAAAAAAUUUAUAUAUUUGUUAUUAGUGUAUAUAAAUUUAUCUCAAUAUUUAGGAAAUCUCUAAAUCAUGACUCGAGCAGCAAUUUGUAGGAGACGUGCAAGACCAAAGAAACGUCGUAGGAUUAACCGCCCGCGUCGUAUAUAUGGUAGACCUAAGCUUUCAAAGUCUCGUAAUAUUAACAAGAAUAUGAUUGAUAGAGCUAUUAUGACGCUGACUGAGAAAAAAGCUAAAAUAUCUCGUAAUGCCAUCAAAAAAUUUGUUAUGAAGGAAUACGAACGUGUAACUUUGGGUCGCCAUUCCAUGUAUAUGUUGAAUUUUUACAUGGGUGAGUUGGUUAAAUUUGGCGUCAUACGAUCUUGUUCCAAGUUUUGCUUUGAGAUGAUCAAACAGCCUGAACUUAAUUAACAAAGAUGUCUACAUGAAUUUAUUAAAAUUUUGUACCUAGCAAUACAAGUUAAUGUUAUACGACAACAAUGCAUUAAUCAAAAUAAAACAAAAUUUUAAUAUAAUUUU